UCCUUUCCAUUUGGGGCCGAGAAACGUGCCCAUCGCUCCCGCUCUCCCUUUCGAUAUGGAAUCCACUCCUCUCACUACCUCCGUCCCUCCCACCGCCCUUCCCGACGAUCUCUACUGCAAUUUCCCGGCCGCUGUCCCCUCCGACGACUCUGCCACCCGCACCAUUACUCCCUCCAUAUUCAGGGAGCUUCCAGAACCCGACCUUCAUAUCCUCACCUCUGACGGCCUCCGAAUCCCCGCCCAUUCCGGCAUCCUGGCUUCCAUUUCGCCGGUUCUUGAACAUGUAAUUGAUCUGCCGCGGAAGAAGCGAAACGCCGACAAAGUGAUUUCGAUCCUUGGAGUUCCUUCUGAUGCUGUCGUUACGUUCGUUCGGUUCCUCUACAGUUCUAGGUGCACGGCGGAGCAUCUUGAGAAGCACGGAAUUCAUUUACUGGCUCUAUCGCAUGUUUAUAUGUUGCCGCAAUUGAAAGCGACGUGUACGAAAGAUUUGGCUCAACGGCUUACGAUUGAAACCGUUGUGGACGUUCUGCAACUCGCGAGGCUCUGUAACGCGCCAGAUCUUUACCUUAAGUGUAUGAAAUUCGUCGCUGAUCAUUUUAAAUUCGUUGAGAAAACUGAAGGAUGGAAGUUUAUUCAAGAUCAUGAUCCAUGGCUUGAGCUUGAUAUUCUUCAGUUCAUCGACGAGACCGAAUCGAGGAAACAGAGGAACAGGAGGAUAAGAAAAGAGAGGAAGCUAUAUUUGGAGCUACACGAAGCAAUGGAGUGUUUAGAACACAUAUGUUCAGAAGGUUGCACCAUAGUAGGACCUUACAACGUGGAGCCAAAGAAGGAAAGAGAACCCUGUAGCCACUACUCCACGUGUCACGGUCUCCAGCUUCUGAUCAAACAUUUCGCCACGUGUAAGAAGCGAACCAACAGCGUAGGAUGUGGGCGGUGCAAGCGCAUGUGGCAGCUCCUGAAGCUCCACUCCUCCAUCUGCGACCACUCCGAGUGCUGCAAAGUCCCUCUCUGCCGCAAAUUCAAACAGAGAUCGCCGCCACCGGACGACACCAACAAACGCAAGGACGACGCACAGUGGAAAAUGCUUGUACGAAAAGUGGUUUCCGCAAAAGCAAUUUCUUCUCUAUCUUCGACCAAUAAGAAGCUGUCUGAUGUGGAGGAUGGUAGGGUGAUUGCCCACCGUGGGAUUGGGAGCUUUAGAUUACAGUCGGUUCGUCGGUACAGAUCAUGAUUAUUCCAGGUAUUUAUGGUUUGUGUAUGUGUGUGUGAGAGUGUGUGUUUUUGGGAUUGGGGUGGUGAAAACUGGAACCAGGGGAAUGUGUGAUUUGUAAAUUUUCUUUCUUUUUUUUUUUUUUUUGGGAGUAGAUGAAGGUUUGUUAUAAUGCAUAAAUGCAUUGUAAAAAAAAGAAGUAAACAACGAAAAAAAAUGGUAAUUACUUUUAGAAAAAAGGAUGUAAAAUCUGUGUACCUCCUCCAUUCAUAUAUUCCAAAUUCAUUGUUCUACUUCUAUGUU